GGCUGCUAUACCAUUCGUAAUUUGCAUUUUGCGCUGCACUUAACGGUUGGACAAGCACUGUCUGCAAUUGCAACAAAGUAUCUAAAAGGUAUAUUUUGCAACAAAGAGGACGAUGGCAACAUCCGUGAAAUUGAACACCGGUGCAGAAAUGCCCAUUCUCGGUCUCGGGACGUGGAAGUCCCCUCCAGGUAAAGUAACUGAUGCGGUGAAAGCGGCCAUAGCUGCAGGUUACAAGCACAUCGAUGGGGCCUUCAUCUACCAGAACGAGACCGAGGUGGGAGAGGGCAUUCAUGCCAUGGUCAAGGAGGGGGUGGUGAAGAGAGAGCAGCUGUUUGUGGUCAGCAAGCUGUGGUGCACAUUCCAUGGGAAGUCUAUGGUGAAAGAAGGCUGUCAGAAGACUCUCAGUGAUCUCAAACUGGACUACCUGGAUCUUUACCUGAUACACUGGCCCAUGGGCUUUCAGCCUGGAGAAGCACUCUUCCCUACGGACAGCAAUGGAAAUAAUAUCGGUGAUGGGUCCAAAUUCCUGGAGACAUGGGAGGGUAUGGAAGAGCUGGUGGAUGCUGGUCUGGUCAAGGCUAUCGGUGUCUCCAACUUUAACAAAGACCAGAUUGAAUCCAUCCUAAACAAGCCAGGCCUCAAGUAUAAACCUGCCAACAACCAGGUUGAAUGCCACCCUUAUCUGAACCAGGAGAAGUUGAUCAACUACUGUCACUCUAAGGGCAUCUCUGUGACAGCCUACAGCCCUCUGGGUUCCCCAGACAGACCAUGGGCCAAACCAGAGGACCCUUCUCUGCUGGAUGAUCCCAACAUCAAGGCCAUCGCUGAGAAGCACAAGAAGACCUCUGCCCAGGUCCUGAUCCGCUUCCAUAUUCAACGGAACACGAUUGUGAUUCCCAAGUCUAUCACCCCCACACGUAUCCAGGAGAAUUUCAAGGUGUUUGACUUUGUGUUGAGCGAUGAGGAAAUGAAGACCAUUCUGGGCUUCAACAGGAACUGGAGAGUCUGCCCAAUGACAGGGAGCAUGACGCACAAGGACUACCCCUUCAAUGCUGAAUUUUAGGGAAACAAAGUUACAUCUGGUGUUGUGGCUUGCUUGAGAUGUCUGGGCUCUCUGUUCUCGUUUUGAUUCAUUCGUAUUUCUCCCUUUAAGACGGUGUGCAUAAAUGGACAUCCUUGAGCUAGUUUCUAGCGAUUAAAGACUGAUUUAGUAUC